GCCAGGAAUAAAGACAGAACAGAUUUGUCUCACCCAGACAAAAGUUUAUCAACAUGAGGGUCUUGGUGUGCUUGAUGCUGCUGGCGACAGCCUUCGCCGAGGAGAAGACGGUCCAGAAGAGGGGUCUCGGUCUGAGUCUGGGGUAUGGCGACUUGGGUGGAUACAGUGGUGAAGCGGGAUUAGGACUCGGUGGUCUUGGACAUGGUCUUGGAUUAGGUCUUGGACAUGGACUGGAGUUGGGACAUGGUCAUGCUGUUAUCCAGACUGUCCACAAGACUAUUGAAGUGCCCAAGCCAUACCCUGUUGCUGUACCUGUUGACCGUCCCUAUCCAGUCAAGGUUCCAGUUGACAGACCCUAUCCAGUCCCCGUGAAGGUACCAGUCCCACAGCCCUACCCAGUCGUCCAGACGAAAACCGUUCACGUUCCAGUUGACAGACCUUACCCUGUUCCCGUAAAGGUGCCCGUACCACAGCCCUACCCCGUCAAGGUUGCCGUACCACAGCCCUACCCUGUUAAGGUUGCCGUUCCACAGCCCUACCCCGUCAAGGUAGCUGUACCCCAGCCCUACCCCGUUAAGGUACCCGUUCCUCACCCCGUCGUCGUCAAAGAGCAAGUUCCUGUUAUUGUUAAGGAACACGGCCACAUUGGCUCCUACGGUGACUACGGAUUGGGCCACUACUAAAUAACCAAUCAGUAUUUGGACUUAGCGUGCAAUCACCAAACUGUUACAUUGUUUCUAUAUUUCCUGUGUCCCAUACUCCCUCCCCCAUAAAAAAAAAUCUUGUCACCCCACCAAAUCGCCAAUCUCACACCUUUUCCUGAAGUUAUUAAAAUACCCCUAGCCAAGCAUCUCAAAACAUCGACCAACCAAAAUAUUUGUUGAACUAUUUGUUUUAGAUGAACGAAAAAGCAAUGAAGUCUUAUAGAUUUUUUUUAAUUGAUCAAAUAAAUUCUGUGACGUUUUCGUAAGAAA